AUGACGAUACCAAUCCAUUAUAAAUUAUUAACACUACUACUAGUAUGCAUUUCAGUCAUUUCUACUACACCUUCUACAACACAAUCCAUAGAAUACUCAUCAAAUCGAGGACCAUUUCGGAGUAGUUUCGUUUUCAUGACUGUUGAAAAUAAGCGAACGGGAGCACGUUCGAAGUCAUGUGUCAAUUAUCAACAAUAUCUGAAAAGCGACACUUCGUCGUCAUUGAUUGGAUAUGAUUUUGAAUCUGCUCAUCCAUUUCUCUUCAAAUUUUGGGAAGGACUUUUCAAUCGCACAACAAUUUGUCCUCUUCCUACUCCCCGACGAGGCGACAUCAUGUACAACGAUGAAGUUGUCCCAUUAGAUUAUCGAAUCGACGAUGACGGUACUCCAUGCACCAGAACCUUCACAAACGGUGUCACUUCAUUCCGGAAUGCAAGUCAAUUUACGGUCGAUCAACUCAAACGUCACCAAGCCAGUGCUGCUCUUCUGAUUUUGGAUCGUGGGAGAGAAUUCGUAAAGGGAUGGAGGGACUACUUGUUCUCCGACUUCUAUGAUCCAUAUAUCAACAGCUCCGCUGCGAUCCCAACAUUCUACAUCUAUCGCUCCGAUUUGAACAAUAAGAUCAUGAGUCUUCUGAAAGAAAACGACAUUUCGGACGAUCAAAUCGAGGUUCGAUUCCAUCGUCCCGCAGGACCGCUGUUCGAUCCAUCAUUCGUUGUGAUAUGGAUCAUUUCAAUGAUUUGUGUCGCUGGUGGAGGCUUUUGGGCUUUCAACAGACAUCGUGCUGGAAAGGACGUUUCUCUGGCGUCACAACGAAUGGAUGAUGACGUUUCGUCAAUAAAUGAAUCGGGAACGAAGGGAUUCUUUGAGAAGUACGCCGGAAUGAUCACGAUUGUACUCAUGAUGAUCACUCUAUGCGGUGUUCUUCUCCUUGGAUAUUUCUUCAGACCUGUUUUAGUUGUUUUCUUCAACAUCUUCCUCGUAAUCUUUGGAACCUGCAGUCUUCAUGGAUGCAUUCGUGGCUUAUUAUCCAACUUUUCAUUUAGUGAACACCGAUGGUACAAGGCAAAAGUAACUUGGUUCCCAGCUUGUUGUGCUCGUGCAAACAAAUAUCAAUACUCAGAACUGUUAAUCUGUUUGUUGUGCUUCUCAUUUUGUGCAACCUGGUUUACAAUCCGUCGUCAACCAUACGCAUUCAUUCUUCUUGAUAUCAUCAACAUGGCACUCUGUAUGCAUGUAUUGAAGUGUCUCCGACUUCCAAGUCUCAAAUGGAUUUCGAUUCUAAUGAUGUGUAUGUUCGUUUAUGACGCCGCAAUGGUUUUCGGAACACCUUAUAUCACACCGAAUGGUUGCUCCGUGAUGCUCGAAGUGGCGACUGGAUUGAGUUGUGCGUCAAGAGAAAAGACGAAAGGAUAUCCAAUUCCACCAGUUGAACAGGAAUCAGUUCCUGAAAAGUUCCCAAUGCUAAUGCAAGUUGCACAUUUCAAUCCUAUGAACGAGUGUAUGGAUAUGGAUAUCGAACUUGGAUUCCAAUUCACAAUUCUGGGUCUCGGUGAUAUUGUGAUGCCAGGAUAUCUCGUUGCGCAUUGCUUCACAAUGAACGGCUUCUCCGAACGAGUUCGCCUCAUCUACGGAGUGGUUUCAGUGGCUGGAUACGGAAUCGGUUUGAUCGUCACUUUCCUAGCAUUAGCCUUGAUGAAGACUGCUCAACCAGCUCUUAUCUAUCUUGUUCCAUCCACACUCAUCCCGAUCAUGCUUCUUGCGUUUUUCCGUAGAGAAUUCAGCAAGAUUUGGAACGGUGUUCCUGCGGAUUCAACGCCAUUGAUUAACAGUGACUCACCAAACGAAACGAUGGAAGAAAGUCCUGAAUCCAUCCAGAUCAAAAUGUCCUCAACCUCUUCUUCUUCUACUCAAGAAAAUCAACCAACAAACGUGUAA